AUGACUGAAAUAAAUGGUGAAGAUAAAUUAUUACUAGACAAAAUAAUUUUGGCGAUUGAUCUAUUAGUUUCUAUAACUUACUACUUAAUUCAUCUGUCAAUGUCAUACACUGACUUGAUAAAUGUAUUCGGGAAUCUCGAGCUAAUGACGAUAAAUCUCAUGGAAACGGCUGUACAGAUGAUAGCAAUUAUUCGAUUGGUAUAUUUGAAAUUAUCUCCGCGUGUGAAAAAAACAAUUAUUUCAUACAAAGAAAGUUUAAAUAUCGAGCGUACCAAUGAUUCGACCGAAGUCAAAAUUUAUGAUUACUAUCGAUCAGUAGCUAAAUCAUACUUUUCUAUAAUAAUGCCUUUUUCGGCAAUGACUUCCUUCAUCUGGUAUUUAAUGCCUCUUCAAAAUUGUCUUAUAGCUUGGCUAAAAAAUGAACCGGUAAUUUUGGUACCGCCGUACAAAGUCGUUUACGUUUUUUUCAAUCUCACGUCAAUGGAACAAGUAAUUGUGGCUUACAUUUAUCAAGCUCCUAUGUCGUUUCUUCCAUUGGGAUUCAUUGGAAUUAUAUGUCUGAAAAUAGUUAUUAUUGCAAACGUUUGCUCGCAACUGGCAGUACUUUCUUACAGGAUCAAAAAUUUGAAUUUCAAAGAUAGUAAUAAAAAAUUCAGUGUUUUUGGGUACAUUGUACGCAAGCAUUGGGAACUACUGAGUUUAUUUUUUAUUUCAAAGAGUGAAAAUCUUCAGGAAGCACUUUAUUCAUGUGACUGGUUUGAAAUGUCGAUAAAUCAUAAACGUUCUUUAUUAAUUUGUAUGACUCGAUCUCAGAUUCCGUUGCGGCUGACCGCUGGGAAGUGUUACGUUUACUCAUUUAAUGCUUACGUACAGAAAAAAAUAGAAGAAGCAGGACUACUACUUGGAUUAGAUCAAAUGGCUUGGAUAAUAAAUUUGGUCGGCGCGUGGCCGAUUCAGCGGACAUUAAAACGCAAUAUAAUUUUUGGGUUUUUGAAUAAACCAGUUGUUUUAGUGGCUCCUUAUAAAGUUCAUUUAUUUUUUAACGUAUCAUCAUUAAAACGAAUUGUUAUACUCUACAUUUUCCAAUCACCUCUGCAAUAUCCGCCAAUAUGUUGUGCGGCGACAAUUAACGUCAAUGUUAUUAUUAUAACAAAUAUUUGUGGUCAAAUGGCUAUUUUUUCUCACAGAAUUAAAAAUUUAAAAACGAAUGACUCGUCGAAAAAAGUGUUUAAUAAUAUUGUAAAUAAACAUUUGGAACUCGUCAGAUUAACGAAAAAUUUUGAAGAGUCUUGGACUAUAAUUUUUGGUUUCGAACUCAUAGUUACGACUAUUUUAUGCGCUUUGGUUUUAUACAAUGCACUGAUGGCGGUUAGUGCCGAUGAUAAAAUAGGAUUAAUUUCAUUAGUAGCUUACGUAUAUGCAUCCUUAUUAUUUUUAUUUGCUAAUUGUUUGAUGGGUGAGCUGCUCAAAUUUGAGAGUGAAAAUCUUAUGAAAUCAUUAUAUAUUUGCGACUGGUAUAAUAUGUCGAUAAGUAACAGACGCGCGCUGUUAAUUUGCAUGACUCGCGCUCAACUUCCGCUGGAAAUAACCGCCGGAAAAUUUUAUGUUUACUCGUACAAUGCAUACAUACAGAUCAUCAAAUCUGCAAUGGCAUACGUGUCAAUGUUGCGAACUCUAACAAUGUGA